UUUUUGGUGGAAGAGCUCCGUGUCUGCUAUAAAAUGCAUCAACUUGCUAUGAUAUACAAUUUGGUGAUGGUAUGCUUGACUUCCAAGUUGAGAAUUUAUCUCUGUCGUCACUAUCUCAGCAUACUUUUCUCUGGUGUUUCUACUCAAAAUUUGUCCUUUCCUCUUGCCAUCACCGAAAAUGAAAGCACCACCUUUGGACCGGUAGGUGCUGCGACAGUUUCCGCCAAUAACCGCCGUAUGAAUCAACGCACCUUUUUGUGGGAAUAAUCUCUCAACUUUGGGGCCUUGGCAAUCGUCUGAUGAUUCGAGAUCUCAAAGACCGAUAUGUUUUCCAAUUCAGGACCGCUUUUUUUUUUGGCGAGAAAUUCAGGACCGCAUUGGAGAUCCCCUUAAUUGAGGCUUCAACAGUGCUUGCAUCAGAGUUUGCGGCAUCGUCAUCUGCUGCCUUUGCCUCUGACUUCUCAUCUUCCAGUCUACCCCAUCUUCCUCCCAGUGCCAUUGCCAUCAUCUCAUAUAUCUUGUUUCCCAACUCAGCUGGGCUGUCGGGCUAUAUCAUUAAUGGUCGAAGAGGUAAGGAUCACAUUAAGCUAGUUAUAAUUCUUGACGGUAGAGAAAAGUAAAGGGAGAGUUUGCCCUUACAGUGAAUCCACUGGAGAUCAAUGCUGUGUCAAACAAGAG